AGGGAGGCAGAAGCACCGUCCACCCCGUGCAGGGCAGCAGUAAGGAGAGCCACAGGGUCAUGUUAUUCCUGUGUCCAAGCUCCUCCGCCAAAGGAUUUCAUGCUUUAUUUGAGCCUCCUCUCUUUGUGGAAGAAGGAAUAGUGUCUUCCUCCACCCCACGUCCAGGGUGUACCCCAGAGCCAUCUCUGUUCUCUCCCGUGCCCCUGCCCCUGCAUUCAUGUUUAGUUUUGAGUUCUCCCUCCCUGAGGAUCAGCUAGGAUCAAACUCUCUUCCCCAGCACAGGCAACAGUGAGGACAUGGAGCUGCAGUUCUCACCCUCAGAUUCUUCUUGGCUUUUUCCUCUAGGACGCUCCCGGAUUUCCUGUGUAGUGGCUCCUGCUGCCACCUUCCGGAAAGUUCAUUUUGCAUAUGGCUAUUGAACUUUGAUUUGGUGACUCAUACUGAAGCGAAAACAUCAAGUUCUCCUCCCUCGUUUGAUUGCUAACCACCUUUGCAGCUGACUGUGACUUCUUACACAGGAAGUGGAACGUUGGCAUGAAGUGGCUUCCAGCUGUGGUGCGGCCCAGACUGGCGGCCCUCUCCUGACUCCGGGACCCCUGCAUCAACGUGGAGCCUGUGGGGCAGCUGGGCCAUCAUAUAUUGGGAGAUCCAGAAGGUCAUACCCUGCAUGAUUUCCUUUUCCUGUAGGACACCAGUCACUGGACAAAGGCCAAUGCUGAAGACCUUGUUUUAAAGGUCCUGUCUCCGAGUACAAUCACGCUGUGAGGUCCUGGGGUUAAGAACUUCAGCACAGGAAUCUGGGGGCCACCCUCCAGUCUCUAACAGAGCCUCAGGCACAUUUCCUUGUCCUGCUCUGAAUGCUGGGUGCCCUGCUCAGCACCUGCCACCCUGGGGUGUGGUUGGCGAGCCCUGCACAGGCGCGAUGGGGUAAAGACCUUUGAGAAUGCGCUAGCGCAAGCAGUCUGAUUGCAUCUGCAGCUCCCCAACCACACGGAGCAACUGAAAAUCCCCAAGGGGACCAGGCUCAAGCUCAUGCCCGUGGGGCUCUGCCAGGAGGAAGCUGGGGGUAGGACCCACACAAGGUGCUGGCUGGAACAGUAUGGAGCGCCCGAGCAAGAUGGAGUUCUUCCAGAAGUUGGGCUACAGCCGGGAGGAUGUGGUCAGGGUACUGGACAAACUGGGUGACGGCGCCCUGGUCAAUGACGUGCUACAGGAGCUGAUCCGGACAGGCAGCCGCCCCGCUGCAGCUCAGGAAGUCUCAGACAGUGGCACUGGGCCCCUACUUGUUCCCAGGGGCUCCUGUGGGGCCCCAGACUCUGCCUGGAGGGGCCCAGGGCCAGCCCUGGAAGAGGACUGCAGUGACCCGGCCAGUUCUCUGCGUCCCAUAGUGAUCGAUGGCAGCAACGUGGCUAUGAGCCAUGGAAAUAAAGAAGUCUUCUCUUGCCGGGGAAUCCAGCUGGCUGUGGACUGGUUCAAGGACAGAGGACACACCUAUAUCAAAGUUUUUGUCCCAUCCUGGAGGAAAGAGCCAUCCCGAUCCGAUACCCCUAUCAGAGAGCAGCACGUGCUGGAGGAGCUGGAGCGCCAGGCUGUGCUUGUGUACACGCCGUCCCGCAAGGUGAACGGCAAGCGGGUGGUCUGCUACGAUGACCGCUACAUCGUGAAGGUGGCCUAUGAGAAGGACGGCGUCAUCGUCUCCAAUGACAACUACCGAGAUCUGCAGAGCGAGAACCCUGAGUGGAAGUGGUUCAUUGAGCAGAGGUUGCUCAUGUUCUCCUUUGUCAAUGAUAGGUUCAUGCCUCCUGAUGAUCCUCUGGGCCGCCAUGGACCCACCCUGAGCAACUUCCUGAGCAGGAAGCCGAGGCCCCCAGAGCCAUCCUGGCAGCACUGCCCCUAUGGCAAGAAAUGCACCUAUGGCAUCAAGUGUAAGUUCUACCACCCUGAGAGGCCGCAUCGCGUGCAGCUGGCGGUGGCAGACGAGCUGCGUGCCAAGACGAGGGCCCGGCCAUCUCCUCUGGAGCCCAGCAUGCACAGCCUCGCCCCCACGGCCCUGACCAACCUGCGAGGGGGCUUUUCGCGGUUGUCUAUCUGUGAUGAUGACUGGGUGCCCACAGGCAGCGGCGCUGGCAGCCCCAGGCAGCAUUGCCCGGGGGAGCUGGGGCCAGGCCCGUGCAGCCUCCCACUCCAGCGGAGCCCGUGCACCUCUGACAACCUCCCUUCCCAGCUGCGCCCUCAGGCCCAGCGGUGGGACGCACCUGGCUCCAAGGUCCUGCUUGUCCCACGCAGGCCAUGUGACGGUCAUUGGGCCCCACAGCUCAGUUCUGAUCGCUUUCUGGGUCACUCGAUCUGGGCAGAGCCGGUAUGGGGCGACAGCGCCUUCAGGAGACCUUCUGGUCUGUGCUCCCCAGAGAUAGAGCACAAAGCAGACGCCGGUGCUCCCGCAGCGUCUUUCCGCUAGAUCUGGCCAACCUCAGGGUGGCCUGGAUUCCCCGUUCUUUCUUAUUAGCCAGGCGCAUCUGGCUCAGGCAGAGAUAGCGCCGGGCUGACCCCAGUGAGUGACCCAGUCUUCCCCAGUGACUUGGGAAGGUGGACCGAUUGAUGGUUGUCAGCCUGGGCCUGAGUCCACCUGGGCAGGACCCCUUUUCUUUACAUAGGUCAGAAAAUCUUCAUUCUCCUUUUUAAUGGUAGGUGCCCCCAUGGUGGCACUUAGUGAUCCUCACUGAGGUCUGCUCUGUCGAGGGAGGCUUGGUGUAAAACAGCUGUUUGUGGGCUGGGGGUUUAGCUCAGAGGCGUAAUUGUCUGCCUGGCAAAUGCAAGGUCGUGAGUUGGAUUCCCGGUAGGUACCAAAACAGACAAAAACUGUUUGUGCCCAGUUGCAAGUAGGUCACAAAAUCAGUUCAGUGUUGGUGCAUACUUAUAAUCCCAGCACUCUGAGAGACUGAGGAGAGAGAAUAGCAAAUUCUACCCCAGCAUGGGCAACUUACUGACUUAGUGAGAUCCUGUCUCGAAAACAUUUUAAAAAGGCAGGGGAUGUGUUUUAGUGCACAGGCCUUGGAUUAAAUUCCUAAUACUGGUCUGGGGAUGUGGUUCCUGGUGGAGCUCUUGCUUUCCAUGCACAAGGCCUGGGUUUGAUCCCUAGCACCACAAAACAAAAACCAAUAAAUAAAUAAAUAAGAUUGAAAAUAAUAAUGUAUUUAAAAAAUAAAAAUUCAAAAAAAUUGCUAGUACCAAGAAAGAAAAAGAAAAAUCAAUUAGGGUGGAUCAUGAUCACCACAUAAGUAACAGAAUAGGACACAUCAGAGCAUACCCCAUGUGAUCAGGCUAAGUAUGAACUUGUUUCUAGAUGUAUGUGCCUGUGCAAUGUGGAAAGCCACAUAAACUUAAUGUGGUUCAUGGUUGAAAGUUUGAAAAAGUUUGGUGAAUGAUUUUGAAUCAUUGCCUCAAAUAAUGUUUGAAUAUGCAGUCAGGCGGCCAGGGGAUGUUUGCUAUGGGAGUUUUCAGGUUACCUAUUGCUAACCCCAUCCAGGAGAGACCCAGGUUUGCAGUGUGGCUGUAUGGGGCUGCUAGAGUGGUGGGGCCACUUGACCCCAAGGGCCUGCUCAGGGGCCCUCCACCCCCAUUUGGGCACAUUCACAUUAUACCACCCAGAUAUCACUCACACACACACUGCAUAUACCACCCUACACUCUGCUCCACUCAGUGUUUGGUCUCUCUGCUUUUGUCUAGCACAAACAAUACCUUCUAAACCAUCCAUACCUUACAAUAAACCUGGGCCCAGGAGUCAGAAGUCUUUGCCCAGAAACCCUCAGGUGCAUCAGCAGAGAGCUGGGCUUUUAUAGAAAUUUACUGCCACAUUCUCCUUGUUCUGCUUCUUCUAGAGAGCUACUGCUCUGUAUUUGAAGGAGAAGGGGACAAGCCAUUUGCACCGGAUAAGAAAUGAGACAGUGCUGUCAGAGCAUGGGUGCCAUAUUGUCUGGGGACCCUGGUAUCCCUGGUGGCUGGCACCUGCCCAUUUUGGUUAUCAUGACAGCCUUCUGGAUGGUGGCUCCUGUGUUCAUUAUCUUGUUCUGUGUUCAUAUCAAGCUCAGCUACUCAGGAAGCAUGUGGACAUCUGCUAGUCGAACCUGGUCUCCCAUGCCUUCAAGUCCCUGCUCUCUGGCAAGUGCAUGGGGAAACUCCUUCCAUUUUAUUACUGGGCCGAGUGUGUUGCUGGCACAGUGCCUCAGAGAGUUGCCUUCCAGCCCUUUACUCACGAUAAAGCUAUCUUUUGGGAGCACUGCAAUGAUAUUCUAUCAUUCUGUGCCUCUGUGAUCCUGGAGACCGAACCCAGGGCCUCCUGCAUGCUAAAUAAGCACUCUGCCACUAAGCUGUACCCCCUGCCCUUUUUGUCUUUAGAUUUCAACACAGGAUCUUCCUAAGUGGUCAAGACUGACUUUUGGUCUUCCUUCCUCAGCCUCCCCAAUAGCUGGCAUUACAGAUGUCAGUGGUCAUGCUCAGUGCCUUUUUUUUGGUACUGGGGAAUUGAAUUCAGGACCUCGUGCUUGCCAGGUAGGCUGUGCCGCUGAGCUAUAUCCCCGGCAUCAGCAUCUUCUUUAUAGUCCCUAUUCUUAGCUGGCUCUAGUCUAUUCCUUACUUCCCUAUCACAAGGAGAAUGUUGUACCCACAAGAUUGCCUUGCAUCUUGGGAUCUCGGUUCCGAAGAGGUCCACUUUUCCCAGAACAGGUGGAUUUUCUUCAUGUGUGUGUCCUCUUGACAGGACAGCAUGCUGAUGCAGCAGCUUUUGGUUUCUCUCCUGCUGUAGAAUCACUGGAUUGCUUAUUUACAGUUGGAAAUGUUUGAACUGCUUCCUCUGAGGACAAGUUUGAGUUUUAGUAAGCUGUAAAGCUAUUACAUUUGGUUCAGUGUGAUAAAGAUAAGUGCCGGGGUGGGGAGGGAGGGGAGGGAUAAAACAGCACAUUUCAAGUGCAAUCCCCUUUGGAAUUUUUCCAAAGUCUUAGUAUGUCUUUGUGACACAAAAACAUGGACAGGACUGGUAAGUGGAAUGUUCCUACUUGCAUGGCAGUUACUGUGCUCCAGAAAUAAAUCCCUUUUACCACA